AUGGCUACGGCCUUCAUCAAAUGGCUCGAAGAAAGACGGCAGUCUUCCGCGGCCAAUAAUCCUCAACGGGUCACUGAAACUCGCGUAGGUCGAUCAGCGGGCUGCAAGCAAGUACUUUUCGAUCAGGCCCUCGAAGACUUUAUCACGGACACGAUGGUGCCCCUUCGAGCUGUGGAAUGCGAUUCCUUCAGGAAACUUCUAGAAUUCCUCGACUUCAAACGAAAGGGCUUGAAGCUGAUGAGCAGGCGUACCCUCGGCCGGAGGCUCCAAAGAGCCUUCGCCGAGUAUCGAGAGCGCUUACGGGAUCUCUUGGUGGAGCCCGCAUGGGUCGCGACGACGGCGGACGUUUGGUCGGGCGGUCUGCGGUCUUUUUUGGGCAUGACUGUCCACUGGAUAGACGCCCAGUACAACCGGCGAUCGGCACCGCUGUGCUGGCUUGUCAACGAUUCCCCGGAUCACAUACGUAUGUCAGAGUCGCGAGUCAAUGAGAUUCACACGUCAUUCGGCCUGUCGCCGUUGAAAUUCACCGCUUGUGUUACGGAUAAUGGAUCUAACUUCGUGAAGCCUUUCAUCGAGUUCGGUGUGCUCACCUACAAUUUGGAUGAGCUGGACGCUGAGCAAGACGAGACCAGCGAGCAAGAAAUCACCUCCGACGCUGACGACGAGACGUAUCGAAGCGGAGCUGAGUAUGACCAUCAGGACCAAGAGCCGAAGUACGACAGCAGCUGUUAUGAUGAAGAGGAAUACGCGAGCUCCCUAGAGGGAUAUACGACGGAAGACACUGAUGAUGACGAUCAAGAGAACGAGCACGAUGCAAGCGAUCAAUCGGAGACCGUAUCGUGGGUCGGCUCGGACGAAUCGACUUUGCUCACCCUGCCUGCGCACGGGCGCUGCGCAUCCCAUACAUUGACCCUCUGCGCGACGAGUGAUGUGAAAAAAGUAUUCGAUUCGGAUGCAGCAUUGACACUCCGACAUGAAAUAGUCAUUGCGAAGUGCAAUCUACUAUGGAAUUUGACUCGUGCUCUGCAGCGACCGAAUCCCUUUGAUGAAGACGAUUCUGCUCACAUCGAGGAAUAUCUCAAGUGUUCGAAGCCAAUUUCCUGGAUAAGCUGCAAGCUGAGAAAACAGGGUUUUACGGUACGCUUCUUCCAACGCUGUACAUGA